AUCGCCACCGAGGACGGUUCUGGAAGUGCCGGAACUUCCGCAUCUUAUCGCGUCGUCUUGGUUUCCUCUCCUUGUGACCAUAGGGUCUGCGAGAGCGACUUGGGCGAUGUGGGUUGCGUUAGGUCGGCCCGGGUGCUUCUUUUGGAGCGGGACGGAACUGGCGGUUUGGAGAGGGAGAGGGGUCUUGGCGGCUAGAGCUGGGAGUCGGAGGCCGAGCCCUGCGGGAGGUGGAGGCGGCGAUACCUCUGGGCUCAGUGUCCUUCGGGGUCGCCCCCUGUGUCGAGGCCUGCAUGGUUCGCUCGUCGCCUGCGGCAAUAAGAAUUUGCUCAAGAAAUUUUCUUCGAAAACCAAAAAGAAGUUCUGGUAUGAAAGCCCUUCCCUAGGACCUUACCUUACUCGGAACCCAUCAAGCUGGGAAAGUCUAAAGAAACAUACUUCAAAGAAGACCAGAAAAGAAGAUAGCAUACGCAAAAGAGCCCUGGACGGCAUUCUUUAUCAAGCAUUGUCAGACUUGAUGUGUACCUUUGAGGUGAAUCAAGAUAUCUAUGAUCUGAAUGUGGAAUUUUCAAAGGUAUCUCUUGCUCCAGAUUUCUCAGCCUGUCGUGUAUAUUGGAAGACAUCCCUUUCUGCUGAGCAAAACGAUCACAUAGAAGCAGUUUUACAGAAGAGUGCUUCACGUAUCAGGCAUCUUUUAAUUACUCAUCAGGUGCUAAGAAAUGUUCCUCCUAUAGUAUUUAUUCGGGACAAAGAAAGUGCAGCAAUAGCAGAGAUUAAUCGGUUAUUGGAAAUUGCUGAUUUUGGACCCCCUGAUGAAAAAGAUUUGAUACAGAGUGACUUAAGAAAAUCUGAGGCUUCACUAGCCACUGAAACAUCUCAUGUGUCAGAAUCCACUGUUCAACCAAGCCUCUUUGGAAUUGACCAUGAAGCUCUCCACAAGCAGAUAAUGGAGUACAAAAGAAACAAAAGGAAAGAGCAUGAGAGUGUAAGCAUUGGGAGGGAAGAGCAAGAGCAGGAACAGCUAGCUAUGCUGAAGAAGCAAGUGAAGAAGAAAAUGAAGAAGGCAAAGCAUCCCAAGGAUGAUGAUAUCACUCCCCAAGAAUAUCUCCUUGAUAGAUAUUGUGACAAUCAGCCAAAUGAAGAUGAUAUAUUUUUUGAAGAACAUAAACCAGAUUAUGAACUGAAGGAAGCAUUAGAGAAAUUAGAGUUGGAGGAUAAUAGUGAUUAUAAGGAACAGAAUUCAUUAAUUAUAGGUCCUGGAGAAAAUAAACAUAAGAAGUGUUAAAUUUUCUGAUACUUUUUUUUUUCAAUUUGGUUGGUUUUGCUAUUUAACAUUAAACUGGUCCUAAAAAGUUAUUCUUAUUAUCAUUAUACACAUUGUCUCUAUUCCUAUUUUGAAAAUUAAAAGCACAUUUUUCCUUUUUCAAAAUGGGAAUCAAUUAAAGACUGAAAUAAAGAAUGUAAACUGAGUGAAA